CAUGCGAGUAGUAUAUGCAGUAUGCAUGUGCUCGAGCUUGGUCGUCUAUGUAUGUCAGUAUAAGUGGGUAAGGUGCAUGCCCGUGUUGCCAUUAUAUCAUGGGCCGGACCGUGGUGUCCACAGACGGCAGUGGAUGGAGCAGACUGCGCCUCCAUUGCGCAUAUCGGUAUAUGAGGCACUAUACGUACGUACGUGGCCGUGCAACGUGCUAGGUAUGUAUGUAUGUGUCUAUGUAGCCAUGUUGUUCGCAUUCCAUACGUUGGCUAGCGCUGCACGGUAGUGGCGGGCGGGCUUGACUAGAAACUGCACGCUAUUAUGGAGACGAAUUGCGGAGAAAGCCGUUGGCCACUGGGUUGAUUGACCAGACACCACGACACUUUGAUAGCCUCGUGCUCCACCAUCGCCCGCUACCAUCUGCUCGCGUGUCAACAUAUCAUACUCACCGUCAAAAACCAUCAUCUUGGGAUGGACCGCCUUACACGAAAAGAGUGCGGCUUGUAUCCUUAAGUUCACGCAAUCAGUCACUACAAAGCACAACACACACACACGAAAUCAUACUUGAUUCAUUAGAACAUAUCACAUCGCCCGACAUUAUAUCGACGGCAAUAUCUCUCACCCUUCAAUUCCCAAAUGGUCAAUCUUCUCACUCUUCUGGGUCAGCUUGCCCUGUUGCUGACCCUGACCAAUCUCCUUGCUCCUCUGCUUCUUCGCGCCUUGCUCCACGUUUCCAGCUGCGAAAGCUGAUGCGUUGCCCUGGGCCGCUGCAUUGGCAUUCCCUGUUGACAGAAGAGUCAGCUCUUAUACCAACGCUUCGGGACGAAAAGGGGGCAUCUUCACCUUUAUCGUGUCUCUCGUCUACCGUG